AUGGAAGAAAAGAGGACGAGAAGGCUUUACAUAGAAAGGAUUAUUGUAGAGAACUUUAAGAGUUAUAAAGGAGAGCAUGUGAUAGGGCCGUUUGGUAGGAAAUUUAAUACGGUAGUGGGUCCUAAUGGAUCAGGGAAGAGUAACGUAAUAGAUGCAAUACUGUUCGUGUUAGGGUUUAAAGCCAAGAAGUUAAGGCACUCAAGAGCAGAGGAUUUAAUACACUCUGGUGAGCCUAAACCAGGGAAGGCGACUGUAACAAUUGAAUUAAAAGAUGAUCAGAAUGAAUCAGUGAGUGUGUCUAGGACUGUGAAUAAGGCAGGGAAGAGUACGUACACAAUAAAUAAUGAAAUGGCUGUGCAGGAUAGGGUUACUGAGCUAAUGAAAAUGUACAAUGUGGACUUGGCCAAUAAUAGGUUUAUGAUACUGCAGGGAGAGAUUGAGAGUAUUUCAAAUAUGAAGCCAAAAGGCAGUGGAGAUCAGGUGGGGCUAGUGGAGUAUUUAGAAGAGAUAAUUGGUACUAAUCAGUUAAUAGAUAAGAUAAAGGCAGCAGAGGAUAAUUUAAGAACUGCCACAGAACUAGCUGACAGGUAUAGGGCAGAGUAUCAAUUUAUAGAGAAAGAGGUGGGUUAUUUAGAGCCUAAAGCAGAAGCAGCCAGAACAAGGAUAGGCAGUUAUUUAUCAGGAAUAAGCAAAAGAGUGUCAAUUAUAUCUGAGGAGAGGAAAGAAUCAAGUGAAGCCCUAGAAGCCCUACUUAAUCAGAAGAAACAGUCAGAUUUGGAGAUAGAAGAGGUAAAGCAGAAGAAGAAUGAAGUACUAAACAUACAAAAAUCAGCAGAGGCAGAAGAGGAACAAGCCAAAUCAGAGUUUAGGAAGAAAGAGCAGAUUUUCUUAGAAGUAAAGAGCAAGUAUGAGAGUAUUGAUAUAAGAAACCGGAAAGUACAGGAGUUAAUAAAGAUCCAUGAGAGUAAGAAACUGUCACUACAGCAAGAGAUCCAUAAAAUAAAAGAAGAGAAGAAGGUACAGGAAGAGAAGAAAAAGAACAGUAAAGAAGAAAAGGAAGAGAACGACUUAAAAAUAAAUAACGGACAGAGCGAGAGAGACAAAAUAAUUUUAGAUAUCCAGAAAGUAGAGGAGAGCAUGAAUGGGAGUGAUAAGGUAGAAUUAGAAAGGUCACAAAAGCAAUUAUUAGACCACAUGAGAAGUGCAAAGGGUGUAAAGGACAGUUUAAGAGAAAAAACGAAGGAGCGGGAGAGUAUCGAACUGAAAAAAUCAAAAAUUGAAAAGUGUACACAAGAAAUACCCCAGGAAAUAAAAAGAGUACGGGAGAGUGCGUGCGCGUACAGUGAAGACAAGUACAUAAAGCACGAGAAAAAGCUGUGUGAGUUGAAGAAAAUAAGGGAGGACACGAUAAUAGAGCUAAGAAAGAGAGAGAAUUUACUCAGUGAAGUGCAGUCUGAAAUGAGAACAUCUGAUGUUACGGAUAAGUUAAGUGAACACCUUCAGAUAGAAGGAUACCACGGGAGAUUGAAGGAUUUAGGCUCGAUCCCAGAUAAGUACACAAUGGCACUUUCUGCUGUAGCUAAAGGGUCACUGAAUAAUUUAGUUGUAGAUACAACAAGAAUAGCCGAGAAGUGCUUGGACAUAAUAAAGAGCAAGAACCUGGGAAGGCACACAAUAAUUGUCCUGGAUAAGAUUAUAAGCGAUAUAAAGCAGAGCAAAGAGUGUAACAGGCUGCUGGAUAAGAUAAGAACAAAGGAUUUGUACAAAAAGUGUUUUUAUCACGUACUGGGGGAUACUCUUGUAGUGAACAAUAUGGAGGCUGCCAUGAAAAGGGCAUUUGCACCAGACAGACCAAAAGUGGUCACACUUGAUGGGAAGGUAAUUGACAGAAGUGGACUGAUGAGCGGUGGUGCAGUACGGCCAGUUAUACUCUCACAGAGAAGAACUCAGAAGGAGAUUAAUAAAGAACUGAAAGAGGCCCAGGCAUCGGUUAAAGAGGCCCAGGACGGGCUUAGACUAGUUGAGGCAGCAAUUGAGAAAACCACAAUAAAAUUAGAAGCAGAGACCACCCACAAAAAAAACAAAGAGAAGUCAGAAAGUGAAAUUAUAAGUUUAGAAAAGCAGUUGGCCACUGCCCAGGAAGAAAUGAAAACAUUACCCGAUUUGGAAAUCCAGUACAAAAAAAUCAAAGAAAACGAGAAUACCUUAAUUAAAAAAAUCAAAGCAUUAAACCAAACAGAAUCAGAAUUAGAAGAAACAAUCAGAAAGUACCAAACGGUUUUAGACGAGAUUGGCGGGUCGUCCUACAAAACCAUGAAAGCCAGACUGGCCGGGUUAGAAGAACAAAUAUUCACACUACAAACAAGAAACAAGCAAUUACAGAAGUACUUGAAUGAACCACUAAUAUCACCACAGGAAAAGGAGUCUCAAUUAGAAGACGUCAUAAGGAGACUAAAUGAGUUCGUACUAGAACCAAUUAAUAAAGAACAGUCGGAUAUGGAACUAUCAGAGAGAGAAUUAAGAGAAGUAAAAUCAAAAGUGUCCACAGCAGAAGAUAAAAGAAUCUCCAUGCAACGAGAAAUAGAUAUUUAUAGAAUAAAGGAAACAGAACUUGAAGAGAGAAUAACCGUAGCCGAUGAAAAUAUAAAAUUAAUCCAUAAGAAACUAGACCAAAUCGGUAAAGAGGAGCAUAAUAUAAAGGGAAUAGAAAAGGGAAUAACAGAAAAAUUAGGCAGCCAUAAAAAUUCAAUAGAAGAGUCCACAGAGUACAUCAAGGAUACCAUAACACAAGAAGAAGUCACUGCAGAAAUAGAAGUAUACUUAACAUACCAAAAUAAAAAGAGCCAAGCCCAGAAAGAAAAUGACCAAGUAACCACAAAAGAAUCAGAGGAGAGGAAGGCAAAGGACUCUCUCAUGGCACUAAAGGAGGAAAGGUCUUCUAAAUUCAUGUCCAGUAUUAAGCAGAUAAACACAGAAUUAAAGAAGAUCUACAGUAUGCUCACAUUUGGUGGUGAUGCAGAGAUAGAGCCUGUUGAUUAUUUAGACCCAUUCUCAGAGGGAGUGAUAAUGAGUGUCAUGCCACCCAGGAAGAGCUGGAAGAGUAUUUCUCAUUUAAGUGGUGGAGAGAGGACACUUGCUUCACUGUCCUUAAUAUUCGCAUUACACGAGUACCACCCGAAUAGUUUUUAUGUUAUGGAUGAGAUUGAUGCUGCAUUAGAUUAUAAGAAUGUAGGGAUAGUUGGGCAGUUCAUUCAAGAGAGGUCAAAUGACUGCCAAUUCUUAGUAAUCAGUCUAAGAGAGAACAUGUACGAAUUAGCAGAUGUAUUUAUAGGAGUAUACAGACCAGCAGAGAGUACACUCACACUGGCAGUUAAUAUGAACAUAAACGUAUAAUAAAAG